AUGAAGGGGAUAUGGGACCGGCAUGUUGGGCUCGACGAGUACCUGCCCGGUACCCCGAACCCGGAGCGCUGGCACCACCACAACCCCGCAGAUGAUUUCCCUUACGACGUCAUGGUCCGCAGCACCUCUGCAUCGGCAGCGGAGCAGCAUCGCAAUCGCACAGCAGCGGAGCGGCUCUUGCGAGAGCACGACGCCGUGCGUCGCCGCCAGUUCCCGUCGUGCUUCGAGGAGGCCUGCGCCUACGGCAACCUGCAGGCCGUUAUAUUGAUGUGGUCGCAGGGCAUCGUCGAUAUCCCCACGCGGCGGGCGGUGUACGAGGGCAACAACGCCUCCUCCCUCAUGUGGGCCGCCUUCAAGGGGCACCUGUCCAUUGUGCGGUUCCUCGUCGACCACGGCGCGCCGCUCGAGGCGGUCAACGCGCUCGGCCACACAGCAUUGCAGUGGGCCAUUACCGGCGGGCACACGGACGUUGUUCGUUACCUUCUCGACCACGGCGCCGACCCGAGCCACCGCGAUCGCCAGGGCUUCGACGCCUCCUUCACAGCCGUGCAGAGCGGCCACCUUGCUCUGCUGCUCAUGCUCACCGAAGACGCGGCGCGCGAGGCCCGCCUCCUGCAGGUCAGCGAUCACGGCCUCGUCUUCUACAAGCCGUCCUCGGAGCAGCAGGCGCGGGCCGCCACGCUUGAGAACCCGCGCACAAAGAAGCCAUACUACCUGCUGAACCCGCAGCAGCGUGAUGUGGAGGGGCACACGCUCAUGCACUGGGCCGCCUACUGCAACUCUCCUGCGACGUGCCAAUACCUGCUAGACCAUUGGGGCUACGACGUGGAUGCGCAGGACAGCCAUGGCCGCACGCCGCUGGUGUGGGCCGCGCGCGAGGGCUUCUCUGAGGUGAUGGAGCUGCUUCUCAGCCGCGGCGCCGACCGGCACAUCCCGGACAGUGAUGGCUGGACGGCGUUGCAGCACGCCCGCGUCCGCAAUCAUCCGGAGGCAGUCUAUGUGCUCGAGUCGUACCCCGUGUCGAGCCUGACAGCUGCCACGGCGGCGACCACCUCCGACAACGCGCUUGCUGACCGCGAGUUCGGCGAGCUGGCCGACUCGGUGAAGGCAGCGCUGCUCGAAGUGUCCGCAGAGGCCACCAUCAACACCACCAGCAGAGGUCGGUACGUAUGCGUGCGGGACCGCCGAGCUACCGGCACCUUGCACAUGAUCCGCAGAAACAACGCCUUCGCCAUGAUGGCCGUCGCGGGCCCCAUGUACCUCGCCCUCACCUUCCUUAUGAUGAAGGUGCUGCCACCCAUCGCAAGCUACCUUCCGCUUGGCACGUUCUUCUUCAAAAAUCUCCUGUGGUCCAUGCUGGCGCCGCGGCCGACGCAGACGAGCCGCAGCGGGCCGCCGCCACCGCUGAUCAAGCAGGUUGGUAUUCCGCUGAGCAUCGCGGAGUCCAUGCGCGGCACGUGGCGCUUCCGCCUGCGCGACCCGAUAAACCUGUUCAUCUGGCUCACCUUCCUGGUCGUCCAGGUGUGGGCGUGGAACAGCCUGGGGCUGGUGCCGCUCUUCUCCUUCUCCGGUGGCGACGCCGCCACAGCACAGGAGCGCCAGGCGGCGUCGGCAGCCGCGGCAGCGCUGUGGGGCACGAGCGCUACGUCGACCGCCGACGGCACCGACCGGCAGCCCCUCAUCCACUAUUUCGGUCUUUCUUUCAUCCGCCUGCUCACGUUCCGGUCGAGCCCGCUGGACGAGUUCCAGGCCGACACCGUCGCCGCCACCCCGGCCUUCGUGGCCGCCGAGAAGGCGUACAUGGCGCAGUCGAACAACCUCGUGCGCUGGGUCCUCAUGCUGCUCCUGCUAACCUCCGUCACAUGCGCGGUGCUGUGCAAGCUGCUCGCUGGCCGGUCGAUGAUGCGCGCGUCGGAGGAGGGCACGUUGCGCACGUCGCCACUUUGGCGCAUCCUCGCGUCGCGGCAGUACCGCUGGCUCCACCCGCGCUUCUUCUCCCAGGAGCGCCACAUGCAGAUCCCGCUGCGCGCCUUCCACUGUCGUGAGCGUGACGUCGUCGUGCGUGGCUACGACAGCUACUCGAGUCUGCUGGACAGCCCGAUCGGACGCUCGAAUCACCUCGUGUUCGUGUUGUCGAUGACGUGCUUCGUGCUGUUCGAGCUGCUGGUGAUGGUGUGGGGAACGCAGCAGACGCGCGUGCGGCUGCGCUGCCCAGAGCGCGUGCCGUGGUAUCGCGACGCCUUCUUCGCCUUUCAGACCACCGAGGCGAUGGCGGCAACCGCUGCCGCCAGAGGAGCAACGCCGGUGAUGACGUGGGACAACACAAGCCUACAGACGGUGGCGCCGUCCAUGCUAGCUGCCGCGACGCCUGUCUUGAGCUUCGCCUGGCUGAACACCGCGAUGGAAGUGUGGCUUCACGGGCUGCCGUGUCGCCAGUACCGCCUCCUGGACGAGAUCACGAUGAACUAUGUCAAGGCAGCAGCCGCGUCCGCCGCAGCAGCGGAGCAGAAGCCGUCUUUCCUUGUUAGCUACGUGCAUUGGGGAACCUUUCUCUUCCGCUACUACCUCUGGCCGACGCGUGCCUCGAUGCUUGGGGUGUGGGUGCUGCACUACAGCGCCGCCGCCGCCGUCUUGAUAAGCUGUGUUGCCGUGCGCCAGUGGAUCGGUGUGUGGUGCGGCGCCACUCGCAUGGAGCUGGCAAACCCGCUCGCGCAGGGCAGCGAUGGCGAGCUCGUGUCGAUCUUCCCGAAGGACCCGCAACAGGCGCAGCGGGUUGUGCCCAUCGACGACGACGAAGAGCGCUACUACGCGACCGUGUGUCCGUCCAAGGCGCGCAGUAUUACCACCGGCACAGCGGCAGCGGCGGCGGACGGCCGCGGUCGGUGUCUGUACGCAGAGGGCAACGGCAUCGUCAACGUUCUCGCCUUCCUGCUGGGCCGGAAUGGGAAGCGCUGGGUGGGUGCCAUGACGGUGUCGUCCCACAACACCCCGGUGAAGACCCCGAUGCUGUCGUGA